AUGAUCCGGGCAGCAUACGGAAGUUCCUAUGUUCCUAUACUUAAAAGCUCGCUGUCAGUUAGAAAACACGAGUAUGAUAAAGCGGCCGUAACCAAGAAGGACCAACAAGACAUCUCCGUUCUGCCUGCAGUUGCUGGUAUCAGGCUACAAAGUGUGAUGUUAGUUGGCAACCAGUACUUGAAAACACCUUGUGAAGCUGGGAGGAUCCCAUUCGCUGGCUUAGCCAAGAAGGACCAACAAGAAAUCUCAGCUCUUCCCUCAGGUGCUGGUGGUGGAACUAUAAGCACUAUGAAUUCAAGGAACCACUUCGCCUCCUGUCAAGGGCAUUGUUCGGUCAACAGGUUCAGCAAUGGUUUAAGAAGGUCAGAGGUUGAGAGUAAAGACAACAACUUUAGCAACAUUCUCGCCUGGAACAUGACCAGGAAAGAACUUGAAAAUCACAUACCACACAUUUCAACUUAUCAGCAUGAUUUCAACCAGCAGAAAAGCACCUUACGUGGGCAGUUGUUUCUUCAGAACUGCAGCUUGCAGGAGAAAGUGAAGAAGUUUCAGCAAACAUCACCUAGUGCAUAUCAGCAACAAUUGUGCAACUACCAUAAGAACUACUAUCUGCGCAACAAAGAAGAGUCAGAAGUUAAGAUCAAGCAGGACGUUGAAGGUCCAACAAAUGUCACAGGAAUUUUCGAAGUUCCUUUAGAAAAUGCAAGAAGGAAGCCCAUCUCAAUGAAUUUCACCAUUUACGACUGCUUAACUUGGCCAGCAUCAUUAAAAUAAGCCAAUCUCAGUGACGCAAUUUCAGCAAAAA